AUGUCCGCCAAGUCGAUCUUCGAGGCCGACGGCAAGGCCAUCCUCAACUAUCACCUCACCCGCGCUCCCGCCAUCAAGCCUAGUCCUCUUCCUAAGCCCACCAAGCACAACGCCCCGGCCAGACUUGCUUCUCUGCACUUCCCCGAGGACGCCAACGUCGCCGACGUCCUCGACCAGGCUGAGGUCACCUACCCUUGGCUCCUCCAGGACGGCGCCAAGUUCGUCGCGAAGCCCGAUCAGCUCAUCAAGCGUCGUGGUAAGAGCGGUCUGCUCGCUCUCAACAAGACCUGGCCCGAGGCCAAGGCCUGGGUUGCCGAGCGUGCUGGCAAGGAGCAAAAGGUUGAGCACACCAGCGGUGUCCUGAGACAAUUCCUCGUCGAGCCUUUUGUCCCCCACCCUCAAGAUACCGAGUACUACAUCAACAUCAACUCUGUCCGCGAUGGUGAUUGGAUUCUCUUCACCCACGAGGGUGGUGUCGAUGUUGGUGAUGUCGAUGAGAAGGCUGAGAAGAUCCUGAUCCCCGUUGAUCUUGCCGAGUUCCCUUCACACCAGGAGCUUGCCGCUACUCUCCUUAAGAAGGUUCCUCAGGGUGUUCACAAUGUUCUCGUCGACUUCAUCAUGCGCCUCUACGCCGUCUACGUCGACUGCCAGUUCACAUACCUCGAGAUCAACCCCCUGGUUGUCAUUCCCAACGCCGACAAGACCUCUGCCGAAGUCCACUUCCUGGAUCUUGCUGCCAAGCUUGACCAGACGGCUGACUUCGAGUGCGGUGUCAAGUGGGCUAUUGCUCGCUCCCCCGCUGCUCUCGGCUUGACCAACAUUGCUUCUGGUGCUGACAAGGUCAGCAUCGAUGCUGGUCCCCCCAUGGAGUUCCCUGCUCCCUUCGGCCGUGAGCUCAGCAAGGAGGAAGCCUACAUUGCCGACCUUGACGCCAAGACUGGUGCCUCCCUGAAGCUUACUGUUCUGAACCCUGCUGGUCGUAUCUGGACCCUCGUUGCUGGUGGUGGUGCUUCCGUUGUCUACGCCGAUGCCAUUGCCUCGUCCGGCUUCGCCGAUGAACUCGCUAACUACGGUGAAUACUCUGGUGCACCUACUGAGUCCCAGACCUACCACUACUCUCGCACCGUUCUUGACCUUAUGCUCCGCGCCCCUGUCUCCGAGAAGGGCAAGGUUCUCUUCAUUGGUGGCGGCAUUGCCAACUUCACCAACGUUGCCAGCACUUUCAAGGGUGUCAUUCGCGCUCUCCGCGACUUCGCUCCCCGCCUCAUUGAGCACAACGUCAAGAUCUGGGUCCGUCGUGCCGGCCCCAACUACCAGGAAGGUCUCAAGAACAUGAAGGCCGCCACCCAGGAGCUCGGCCUCGAUGCCAAGAUCUUUGGCCCGGAGAUGCAUGUCUCUGGCAUCGUGCCCCUUGCUCUUGUUCCCGGCAAGUGGGAGAGCAGCAACGUUGAGGAGUUCAAGGCGUAA